UUUACACUAUGUACUGAAGUACCACUGUCACACCCUUUUUGAAAAGUGAUUUCGCUCGUUUUCGAGCUGUUGGAUUCGACAACUCUCUGAACGGUAUCGUAUAGUGGGGAUACUCCUUUAAUGAUCUCUCCUCGGUGUAAUAACUAAUAGUAUAUGGAAUAUGAAAUUUUUUAAUUGUAAGAACAUUAACAUAAUGAAAUGUGUAAAAUUUUAAAGAAACGAAUUUCUUUUAGGAGAAAAGGUAAGUAUUUAGAUGUAUGUAGCAGCGUUGCGUUUGAAUAAAAGGCGAUGUAUCGAUACUGUCGUAUUGUCGCACAGUACCGAUAUAUCGAUCUUGAAAUCACAGUGUCCACUGAAUGUUCAAGAUGGUGGCCGAGAAUACGAGGUUUAAUAGGCGCGGUUCCGUUUACUCGGUAUUCGAACAAGCAAAGUGGCAUCGUGUCGUAUAAUAAACGAUCUUGGAUAAUUAUAGAAACAUUAGAUUCCGAUUCUAGAAUUGUUAACGCUUUAACCAUCGGUCUCCAGACGAUUUAUACGACAGCUGACACAUGUUUAUGUACGAGUCGAGGGCACGCAUGUAACGUGCGCUGAAAUUUCAGCUGAGAAAUUUUGCCGGAUCAAAAUUGCGGUUCUGUACAAGAACCUGGUAAGAGAACGAAAUGACGGUGCAAAUUAUGGAAAAGUUGCAAGACAAGGGAUGGUACAUUACAGAUCAUGGAUAUGAUGUUGCCAGCGAUUUUGGAAAUAUCAGUGAUGUACAAAAAAUUAUUAAACGAUUGUUGGACAUUGAUUUGAAGGAGAUUGGGAGUGGUCUGGGGGAUAUAAAUCAGGGUAAUAUCGUAUUGCAAAUACAAAAAAUACGCAACGUGGCUGCACCUAAAAGUAGCGAAGAAUCGCGGUCAACACCACGCUUGUUAAAGUUCUUCCUAACAGAUGGCAAAAAUAAUUUUCAAGCUAUCGAAGUUGAACACAUUUCAUUUUUGAGUUUAAAUACACCGCCUGGUACAAAAUUAUUGAUUGCUUCUGGAGAUGUACCAAUGUCCCAUGGAAUUAUUCUAUUAAAGCCAUCUGGCAUAGCACAGUUACUUGGGGGAAAGGUGGUAAACCUAGUGGAGAAAUGGGAACUGAACAAAAAAUUAGCUUUACACACAAGAGUGAGGUCUGCAGAGGAAGGUGGUCCACCACCAUGGAUUCCUUUUGGAAAAAAAAUUAUAAAAGUCUCUGAACAGGAUAAGAAUUUCAAAGCCUUAGCAGAGAAAGAUAAGGCUUCUAAAGAAAAUGCAGAAUUCGAAGCUCAACGUAAGGAUGCUAUAGCCGAAGCUGCUAAGCAAGGCAACAAAAAAGUUUUCGGUGGUGGAAAUAAACAGCUUUUAGACUACAGUGUACAGAAAAUCGUAGAUCAAGGCUUCUCUAUAGAGCAAGCAGAAUAUGCCUUAAAAGUUAGUCGAAAUAAUGUUGACAAAGCUUUGAAAAGUUUACAGAAAGCAGAUAAUAAACACAAUGCUUUGAAGGAAGCACGAGAACCGCGCGAACCACGAAAUAAACGAUUCGAUAAAAAAACUGAAGAGAGUAAAAUAAGUAGUAAUAAACCAAGUAGCGGAAAAAUAUCCCUGUUUGAUUUUCUCGAGGACAAAUUACCAUUACAAUCCGAGUCUGCGGAAGCGAGCAAUCCACCUCAGAAUAGUUACUCUCAAAAUACAGAAUCUACGUAUGAUAGGAUUGAAUCCAAAAAUAACGAGCUACAAACUGGAAAAACUGGCAGGUCUCAAAAAGGAAGUCGCGUCUAUCAGGUACCCCCGAGACACUCGGAAGAGAACAAAAGUAACAAAAAGCCAAACUUCAAUAAUACUACCUCUCAAUAUUCACAAUAUAAUGGAGGCAAUCAUUCUCAACAAAAUAAACCACCAAGGUUUCAACGAAAUCAAGAUAAUUACAAUUACCCUCAACAAGAUCAUCUGAAUAAGUCUUAUCAAAAAUCUCAAUUGAACGAUUCUCGAAAUUCCAAUUUACAAGCACGUGUGGACGGAGCAAGUAUUAUGAAUACCAGUAAUUAUUACAAAGCUCCGCAAGAUCAAGGAAAAAAUUUAAAUGCAGGCAGAAAUUAUAAUAAUCACGAAACAGAUGCCAGGAAUAGACAGCCUUACGAUGCGUCUUACGGUAGGCAUAAUCGAGCACAAGAAGAUGGACCGCAUAGAGCUUAUCCUGCAAAUACAACUGAUAAAAAUUAUAAAAACCAAAUGAACAGAUUUCAACCGAAUGAGAAUUAUGGUGGUAAAGGAGCUAUAGGGCUCAACAGCCAAAGAAGUCAGUGCAGUGGCAAUCAAAAUUCGAAUAUUUCUGUCGGUGGUACUUGGGUUUGGCGAGUAGGUGACAAGUGUUUAGCAAAAUACUGGGAAGAUAAUAGGUAUUAUAACGCGAUAGUAACUGGAGUGUCGGACAGAACAUGCGUUGUUCAAUUUAAAGGAUUCGAAAACUAUGAAGAAGUACUUCAAAUUGAUUGUUUACCUAUAACAGACGACACUGCAGUUCUUCAAGAUUUUGUUACGGAUCAAAAACAUCCAGAUCAACGAUUCAACAGUAGACAAAUGCGAUAUGACCAAACUCAAAAUCACACUGGUACUUUUACUGUUUCUGUAGCAGGUAUGGAAUUUCGAAGAAGUGGUAACGGAGUUAUUUCGGGAAAUAAGAGUAAUUACAAUAAGAAACGUAGUCAACAGCGAAGUACACAACCAAUUUAUCAACCACCGGCGCAGCGAUAUCAGAAUACUAUGCCUAUGAAUACUCAAGAUAAUUCCUUACUUUAAUGUAUUGUCAGUCUCUUCUAGCAAAAGUAAUGAACGCUGCUAAAUUAUUACAUAGACGUAGUCGCGUUAUAUCCGAAGACUGACCUCGUGAAAAUGAAUGCUCCAUACUUUCCGCGUAUGGUGAUCAUAGGUCAAUAUGCAAGCUGAAGAGCGAUAUAAACGAAUCAUGUGCCACAAGUAAUUCAUAAAUGAAGGUGUAAUGAGUGUACAAUUCUAGUACGAAUUAUUUCCUUACGCAUUGAAAGUGGAAUUAAUGAUUAAAAACGAGUAGGUAUAAGGUAUUUAUUAUAACAUCCACGCAUCAAAAUAUUUAUAUUGUAGAAUAAUCAUGUACUAAUGUCAAAAGAAAUUAUGCGUCAUUUCGAUAAUGUAUUUCGUCCAAUUUCGCUAAAAUACUAAUACCAUCUGAACGCAUAAUGUAAAAAUCAGAUUGUGCUGUAUAUUAUUUGUAAUUAAUUUGUAAUUAUCGUUAUUUAGAAUGAAUUACAGUUGUGAAAAUUGCCAA